CCUCCGGAGCCGCUGUCCAUGGGGAUGCCUGGAGGAGAGACAGUGUCGGAGCCCCCGGCGCACAGCGCCCUGGAGAAGCCGCCGGGCACCGCCAUCCUCUGCACCACCUGCGGGGCCGUGUGCCGGGGCGAGGUGCUGCGGGUCCAGAGCAAGUACUUCCACCUCAAGUGCUUCGUCUGCAAAGUGUGUGGCUGUGACCUGGCGGAGGGCGGCUUCUUCGUGCGCCGGGGCGAGUACGUCUGCACGCGCGACUACCAGAGGCUGUACGGCACCCGCUGCUUCAGCUGCGACCAGUUCAUCGAGGGCGAGGUGGUGUCGGCGCUGGGCAAGACCUACCACCCCGACUGCUUCGUGUGCGCCGUGUGCCGGUUGCCCUUCCCACCUGGGGACCGAGUGACCUUCAACGGGAAGGAAUGUAUGUGCCAGAAGUGUUCCCUGCCCAAGUCCGUGGGCAGCAGCACGCACCUGUCCCAGGGCCUCUGGAGUUGUGAGGGCUGCGGCACAGAAAUCAAAAACGGCCAGUCGCUGGUGGCUCUGGACAAACACUGGCAUUUGGGCUGCUUCAAGUGCAAGGCCUGUGGGAAGGAACUGAACGCCGAGUACAUCAGCAAGGACGGGCUGCCCUACUGCGAGGCCGACUACCAUGCCAAGUUCGGCAUCCGCUGUGACGGCUGUGAGAAGUACAUCACGGGGCACGUGCUGGAGGCUGGGGAGAAGCACUACCACCCGCUGUGCGCCCUGUGCGUCAGGUGUGGCCGGAUGUUUGCCGAAGGCGAGGAGAUGUAUCUCCAAGGCUCCUCCAUCUGGCACCCGGAGUGUCGACAAGCAGCCAGAACCGGAGACAAAAGCAAGGAGACCAGGACGUCCUCGGAGAGCAUCAUCUCUGUGCCCGCGUCCAGCACCUCGGGGUCUCCCAGCCGCGUGAUUUACGCGAGGCUGGGCGAUGAGAUUCUUGACUACAGAGACCUGGCGGCCCUUCCUAAAAGCAAGGCCAUCUACAACAUCGACCGCCCGGACAUGAUCUCCUACUCCCCCUACGUCAGCCACUCGGCGGCGGACAGGCAGAGCUGCGGAGAGGGGGAACAGGACGACCGCUCCUACAAGCUGUGCCGGACCUCCAGCCCGAGCUCCGCCGGGUCGGUCAGCCUUGGACGUUACACCCCCACCUCGCGGUCGCCGCAGCACUACAGCCGGCCAGCUGGUACUGUGAGUGUUGGUACCAGUAGCUGCCUGUCCCUGUCCCAACACCCAAGCCCUACCUCCGUGUUCAGACAUCAUUACGUCCCCUACUUCCGAGGCAGUGAAAGCGGCCGGAGCACCCCCAGCCUCUCCGUGCUGUCGGACAGCAGGCCCCCCUCCACCUACCAGCAGGCCCCGCGCCACUUCCACAUCCCAGACUCUGGCGUCAAAGAUAACAUCUAUAGGAAACCCCCCAUCUACAAGCAGCAUGCCUCGAGGCGCCUGGAGGGGGAGGACGGAGGUUUCGACCCGGAUAACAGGAAGAAGCCCAGCUGGCUGGUUCUCAAGGGGGAUGCAGACACGAGGACUAGCUCUCCAGACCUAGACAGCCAGGCUCUGUCCCACAGCAGCGGCCCCGACAGGGACCCUCUCCAGGCCGUCCCGGAAGACAGCCUUUACUCACGGUUCCCCUAUUCCAAAUCUGACCCUCUCCCAGGACACGGAAAGAAUGGCUUGGACCACCGGAACACCACUCUGGCCCCUUGUGGAGCAGACCCGGAUGCCAGCUGGGGCACGAGAGAGUACAAGGUCUAUCCUUAUGACAGCCUCAUCGUGACGAACCGCAUUCGCGUGAAACUGCCCAAAGACGUGGACCGGACGAGACUGGAGAGACACUUGUCGCCGGAGGAGUUCCAGGAAGUGUUUGGGAUGAGCAUGGAAGAGUUUGACCGCCUGGCCCUCUGGAAGAGGAAUGACCUCAAGAAGAAAGCGCUGUUGUUCUGACGUCUGCCCAGGCGCCUGGCCACACGUACCGGGGGCAGAGCCGCGGGCACCGGGCGGGAACCGCACAAACCCCUCCUAAUUGCACUGGCGCUGGCUUCUCUGUGUC